UCGGUUGUUCGUGCUAAGCGACGUGCUAAAAAGCGAUCUCAGCCUCCUUUCUUCUCAAUCAGGAUGGUCAAACGAUUACACCAUCUCUGGCUCACCUAUGCCUCAGAUCUCAUUGACUGGUCUCGCCUAAGUAAUCAGUUGAUUUCGGGUUCUAGUCCUGCGACUGCAUCGCUUUCUAAUCAGUUCGAGAAGUUGUUGCGAAUGGAUUAUGUUGGCGCCCCUAUUCUUCUACUUCGCUCUUCAUCCACUUGUCAGGUUAGUUUGUCGGUUUUUGCCUAG